AUGUCGAGGCAACUCCGACGAAACUCUCCUGUGUUGACCUACAAUGGGUUUCAAACUAUCAUUUCUGGAUCAUCGGCUUCUCCUAAACGUCGCUACGACGCUGAUCGAAUUGUCUUGUAUCGAUCGCUGGUCUUUGCGACUUUCUUGUUUGCCGCGUGUUUGUAUGUUUCCCUCGAUCCCAACAGCCAGACUCAUCUUGGGAACCGCCGCAAGGUUGAGCAGCUUCUAGGCAACAUUCGACGACGACGUUUGGCCAGCGACCAGAUUCAACUGCGAUACAAUGCUCCAGAUCCCCAGGAGUACCAACGCACAGUAUGGACACUGGACACCUUUCCAGUCAAUGGCGUCAAUCUCGCGCGGUACGGAUUUGAAAAUGAACACGCCCAUCACAAGCAACGACGAGCCUCUGCUACAAUGGAAGAAGAGUUUGAACUCUUUGAAGACUUUGACAUUUCUUCGUUUUUAGAAGGUACCAACAAGCUAUCUGUAGGCGGCCACAGCCAUGAGAAUAAGCGCAGCCCUGCACACAUGCUCAUGUAUCAACGCCACUCAGAAGAACCUUCCUUGGCUUUCUACAUGGACAAGAUUGCCCAGAAGAGCUUUCUCAAAGCAAUUGGCAUUCCUGUGCCAUUGAGCCACUUGGCCAAGUACCACGACGAGUUUGUUACUGGCAAGGACGGCAAACAGGCAGAUGGUGAUCGGGAAGAGGAGAUCCGAAAACUUCUCCCCAACAAGUCUGACUAUGUCGUGAAAUCCCACAAGAGCGGUGGAGUCAUCUUUGUAUCUUUCGUCGAAGAAACAAAUUCUCACAUAAUGUGGACUGUGGACAGCAGUGGAAAGAAGGGGGAGGAAUACAGCGCUGAUGCCGUGGCUCACCAAAUCAAUGACGUGAUGCAUCCACGGAAAAAUCACUUUCUUGAUCCUUGGGCGAUGGCGUUCGUGCAGCCGGGAGUGGUUAUUGAGGAUCGUUUCACAUCAUUUGAAUCAGUGGACAAACCACCUAUGCACUUGUCUGUGUACGUGAUUUGGGGUCGCGUAUGGAUGGCCACUUGGAGAGACGCGGAAGGCCCUGGUCACUCGGGGUUGGUCUUUCGAAAUGGCACCGUGAUCAUGGACGACAUGGCCGUUGUCAAAAUGCCUCGUUGGGCCAAGUGGGAUCUUGUGAUGGAAACAGCAGAAGACAUUGCAGCGCACAAAGAUAUCCUGCAAAUUGACUUUCUGAUUGGUGUGUCAGCUGAGGCGGCAUACAUGUUGUCACAGGCAACUGUUUCACGACAAGAGAAGUUGGCGGAGGUUCAGAUUGUCGUGUCGGGCAUAAAGCUCAAUCCCAGCGACAAGUUUCCUAAUGGCAACAAAGACCUCCUGAACGAAAUGGGAAGGCUGUGGAUUGCGGGUUACGAAAUGGGCAUUCACAGGUUGAUUCCAAACAAUGAAGUGCCACCGGAAUAUGUUCAGCACCAUCGUCUCACGACGGAGGCGGCUAAGAGGCUUGAUCAAACUUAUGGCCUCUUCUGGAAGCUGGGAAGCACUAUCAACGCAGACUAG